GGACAAGCAGGAAACAAGCCCAAAAGGCAGGCUGUGGGCGAGGAGAGGCCAUGGCAUAUCCACCAACCAGAUAAUCGUCGCUGGAAUACUGGGGAGGUGUCUGAAUGUAGGCUGCAGAAGUCCUGAAGGUUGAUGGAGGGCCAUGCUAUUCAAACAGCAGGUGUGGCUGAGACAGAAGCUCCUGGUGCUGGGAAGCCUUGCUGUUGGGAGUCUCCUGUAUCUAGUCGCCAGAGUUGGGAGCUUGGAUAGGCUACAGCCCAUCUGCCCCAUUGAAGGCCGAUUCGGAGCCCGUGGGCAGACUGAGUUCCCGCUCCGUGCCCUGCAGUUUAAGCGCGGCCUGCUGCACGAGUUCCGCAAGGGCAACGCGUCCAAGGAGCAGGUUCGCCUUCAUGACCUGGUCCAGCAGCUCCCCAAGGCCAUUAUCAUCGGGGUGAGAAAAGGAGGCACGAGGGCCCUGCUUGAAAUGCUGAACCUCCACCCAGCUGUGGUCAAAGCCUCUCAAGAAAUCCACUUUUUUGACAAUGAUGAGAAUUAUGCCAAGGGCAUUGAGUGGUAUAGAAAAAAGAUGCCUUUUUCCUACCCUCAGCAAAUCACAAUCGAAAAGAGCCCGGCAUAUUUUAUCACGGAGGAGGUUCCAGAAAGGAUUUACAAAAUGAACUCAUCCAUCAAGUUGCUGAUCAUUGUCAGGGAGCCAACCACAAGAGCUAUUUCUGAUUACACUCAGGUGCUAGAGGGGAAGGAGAGGAAGAAUAAAACUUAUUACAAGUUUGAGAAGCUGGCAAUAGACCCUAAUACCUGCGAAGUGAACACAAAAUACAAGGCAGUGAGAACCAGCAUCUACACCAAACAUUUGGAAAGGUGGUUGAAAUACUUUCCGAUUGAGCAAUUUCACAUCGUGGAUGGAGAUCGCCUCAUCACAGAACCUCUGCCAGAACUUCAGCUCGUGGAGAAGUUCCUAAAUCUUCCCCCAAGAAUAAGUCAAUACAAUUUGUAUUUCAAUGCUACCAGAGGGUUCUACUGCUUGCGAUUUAACAUUAUCUUUAAUAAGUGCCUGGCUGGCAGCAAGGGGCGCAUUCAUCCAGAGGUGGACCCCUCUGUCAUUACCAAAUUGCGCAAAUUCUUUCACCCUUUCAAUCAAAAAUUUUACCAGAUCACUGGGAGGACACUGAACUGGCCCUAAAAUAGUAUGUCAUACAACACCAUGUGUUGUGCCUGGAGACACACAAUGUCUCCUCUAGAUUAAAAUAUGCACUUUUCCUAGACACAACUAUCCAAGUCAUUUUUCCAUCUAUACUUGUACAUACAGUGUGUGACCAAAUAUAAGACCAGUUCUUUUUCUACUGAAAAAUGUACAAAAACAAUUUGCUGUCUGCGUAGUUGCAUCUUUUAAACUAGUUACUAAAAGAAGAAGUGGUGGUAUUGGGGGAAAGUGAUUUCAUUUAUUCUCAAAGAGUUAGUCUUCCUUUGAGUCA